UUUAAAGUCUUUCGACCCGCUGUGUGCUCCUUCUGAUGAACAAAAGAAGAAAAGCAGAUGAAUUGGAUUUGCAGAUACUGUUCACAUCGAUGGAACUAUUUUGCGGUUGUUCAGAAACUUAGUAAUCUCUUGUAAUGUGGAUACGGUUGAUACAAUGGACUUUGAAGUGACAGUCAGAUGUCCCACGAUUUGUGAUUUCUGGUAUCUGAGUUCAUUAAUCUCCUGUAUCAAAUACACAAUGACCUGCACAUGAGGGAUACGUCUUCGAUGUGACACUUGUCAGGCACCAAGAUCUUAUUUUUCACUAGUAUGUCAAGAAUUUAUUUAAGAGUGCCAAGGUGCUUAAGCUGGAUUUGCAUCUCUUCUCCUAGUUUGAAGCUCCUGUGUCUAGAUGGAUGAUGAUAUCCAGUAGCACUGAGAUGUUCUAGUCCUAAAUUAAUGACUUCACUCCACUAAUGGCUUCAAAGCAUAAAAGGCCUGCUUCCACAUAUUGUAGGAGCCAUGGGUAUAAAACAAGGAGACGAAGUAGGCAUUUCGGCUGGGAUAGGCCUACCUUUCCCAGUUCACCACUUCCACCAUAUGAGCAACAAGUGGUAUAUUUGCCUCACUUUAAUUUGUUGCCAGUAGAGUGUCAAAUCCAUAUUUUUACAUUCCUCAGCGAGAAAGAGAAAUGCACUGCAGCGUUAGUAUGCCGCCACUGGAGUUGUUUAGUCCGAACUGGGAAGCUGUGGCGUGUGGCAGAUUUUACACGCCUGAGGGCCUUUCAGCUGGGAAUGGAGGGACUCUUGGUGUCUAAUAAAGAUUUUGAGCAGUGGAAAGCGUGGGUUCAACAAUAUGCCCAUCAUCUUAUCUCCCGUCAGGCAAGUCUGCUAAUACUGAAAGCUAGCUUUGAUUUGGGAGAUCCGAAGCACAGAUGGUGUGAGUUUCUCUCCACCUUUUUAGAUAAACUUCAUUGUGGUGACCUCAGUGAAGUAGGCCUUAAUUGGACUUAUACCCACUUUGAGCCUUUGGAUGUCUGUUUAGAAUCUUCCCGUAGUUCCCAUCAGGAAAGUUUGACAAAGAUGGAUCAAGUGUCAAACUUCCAGAUUCUACUGAAGAAAUUAGUAGAAAUGUGUCCUCGCAUUACAAAAAUGCGCUUGCACUUUGACUGGUCAGAGACUUCGGUUUCUCUCUUGACUCAAUUCCAGCACCUUUGUGUUCUGGAGCUGAAGUACUUUUGGGUUUUUAAAGGAGUUAAUCCCAUCCUCAUGCAUAGCUUGACAAAGUCUCUACCCCGUCUUAGAUCAUUAACCCUUCAUGUGUUAGUGCCUCUUCGAGACCUGGGUAUUUCCUACUCAAUUGAAUCUCACUCCUUGGAAUUCUUAGAUGUGUCCCAAAGCCGUGGGCUGGUAUUCUCUUGUCUCAAACUCCCGGUGCUACGCGAGUUCCAUGCUAAGAAAAUUGUGCGGGGAAUCACUUUGGAUCGUAAGACGAGGCUUAAUAUUCAAAGUCAGUGGCCUUGUCUUUACCAGUUAUUACGAGCUGGAACACCUCAGCUUAAAGUUUUCAACAGGGAACAUUUGCUACCAAGCUGGAAGGAAAAGGAUUACAGGGAGCUGACGGUGGUAUUGGAACAAUCCUGCUAUUGCCUGCGGCAUUCUGAUAGCUGGCUUUGGUGAUCCAAGGACAGUUACAAUUUCUCAUCCAUUUUCUGCCAGUUGACUGUAUGAAUGAAAACAAAAAGGAGGCGGUUCAGGUCUUCCAUCUGUGAUAAUAGUUUUUUAUAUCCAUUUGACUGUAUUGUUUUUUGUUUUAUUUUAAAUCUCCAUGUAUUUCCAGCUAGAAAGAAGAAUCAACUUUUGACACCCAGUUCAUUAAAAGUGCAUAGAAUAUUUGGAAUGAACCAGAUAGUCACUUUUUGAGAAUGGUGGACAUUUUUAUCCACGCGAUUUGGCGACUUAUUUUCAAUUUUCCCAUUUAUAUCAAGAAUGUGGGCAGAUUUUUCUCUGGAAUUGUACACACAUGUACAAUACUUGAUGCUUAAUUUGAAGAUUUCUUUUGAGUUAAGAAAAGUAAUAGAAAUAAAGACUUUUAUUUUCA